AUAUGCUCACUCGUCUAUCUCGCACACACCUGAGAUCCAAAGUCCACAUCCCGGGUUUCACCGACACGAAAUCCUCUGCACUGGCACCAAUCCGCUGUCGCCAAAAAGGGCAAAUCUAAGGCUUAGCCGGUGAACAAAAUCUACAUACGGCAACCUACUGAAUAACAUAUUUAGUACCCGAAAGAUUAGAUGUCAAAUGAUGUGGAAAAUCCUAAAGAUGGGAAUGCUACUAAGGUAUUGGAAUGUCCAUCCAUUUCCUCCGAGCCCCAAUCUACGUGGUAUAGUAGCUUGCUCCAGCACGUCUCAAUCUAUGGCAUAGCUGCGGGUUAUUGCAUUUCAGCUUCAUUGCUUUCGAUCAUAAACAAAUGGGCUGUCAUGAGAUUUCCAUACCCAGGAGCUCUAACAGCGUUACAGUACUUAACGAGUGCUGCCGGAGUGCUAAUUUGUGGGUGGCUUAAGAUAAUAGAACAUGAUAAGCUUGAUCUUGUUACAAUGUGGCGGUUCCUGCCUGCUGCAAUUAUAUUCUAUAUGUCGCUAUUUACAAACAGCGAGCUCCUCCUCCACGCCAAUGUUGAUACGUUCAUUGUAUUCCGUUCAGUGGUCCCUAUAUUUGUUGCAAUAGGAGAGACCCUAUAUUUGCACCAGCCUUGGCCAGCAUUGAAGACAUGGUUGUCGCUUGGUACUAUAUUUGCUGGUAGUGUGCUUUAUGUCAUAACAGAUUAUCAGUUCACUCUCAUGGCUUAUAGUUGGGCUUUGGCUUACUUGGUGAGCAUGUCCAUAGAUUUUGUUUACAUAAAGCAUGUAGUUAUGACUGUUGGUUUAAAUACAUGGGGUCUUGUGCUUUACAAUAAUCUUGAGGCUUUGCUAUUGUUUCCUCUGGAGUUUCUUAUAAUGGGAGAGUUGAAGAAGAUAAAGCAUGAUAUCUCAGAUGAAUCGGAUUGGCAUUCCUUCCAGGUUGUCUUGCCAGUGGGGCUGUCAUGCUUGUUUGGUUUAGCUAUAUCUUUCUUCGGAUUCUCUUGCCGUAGAGCAAUUUCAGCUACGGGAUUCACUGUUCUUGGAAUAGUGAACAAGCUUCUGACAGUUGUGAUAAAUCUAGUAAUUUGGGACAAACACUCAACUUUUGUGGGAACAGUUGGACUCUUAAUUUGCAUGAGUGGUGGUAUCAUGUAUCAGCAAUCUACAAGCAGCAGACCUAAGCCGGCAAAAGAAGUAAAUGCUCAAGAUGAUGAAGAAGAACAGCAGAAUCUACUUGAAAUGCAAACCGUUACAGAGAGCAGUACCAAUGAGAAGCCAGUUACAGAAUCACGAGAAGGAAAUAAAGAAUUAUUUUCAUAAGGAAUUCAUAGUACAUCAUUUCUUUCUUCUUGAAAAUAUUCAUUUGGAAGCUCUAAUGCAAGUGAAGUGGGUGCAGCAGGUUGCAAGAUUCACCUACAGCCUGUCGUUGACUUGUUUAAGCAGGAAAAUUUCCCAGUUCAGUUAGAUGCACAAUCUCCCAAUUCUUUGCUACUAGUAUAACUAUUUUCCAAAUCUGCCUGAUGAUUCAAGGAAAUUAAUUUCCAUGCAGCAUUGUAUGUUUUGAUAAUCUUUUCUUAAUAUUUGAAGAAUGUACUACUUCACAGAAUACUGCAAGUGAUUUAACCUAUUAGUGGCUACAAUGAAUUGGAUAUAGCUUAAAUUGAA